AUGGAUCUCCUCCUCCUGGAGAAGACCCUCCUCGGCCUCUUCCUAGCGGCCGUGGUAGCCAUUGUUGUCUCCAAGGUCCGCGGCAAGCGCUUCAAGCUCCCGCCGGGCCCACUCCCCGUGCCCAUCUUCGGCAACUGGCUCCAGGUCGGCGACGACCUCAACCACCGCAACCUCACCCAACUCGCCAAGCGCUUCGGCGACAUCUUCCUCCUCCGCAUGGGCCAGCGCAACCUGGUGGUGGUUUCCUCGCCGGACCUCGCCAAGGAGGUGCUGCACACGCAGGGCGUGGAGUUCGGCUCCCGCACCCGCAACGUCGUCUUCGACAUCUUCACCGGCGAGGGCCAGGACAUGGUCUUCACCGUCUACGGCGAGCACUGGCGCAAGAUGCGCCGCAUCAUGACCGUGCCCUUCUUCACCAACAAGGUCGUCCAGCAGUACCGCCACGGUUGGGAGGCCGAGGCCGCCGCCGUCGUGGACGACGUCAGGAAGAACCCCGACGCGGCCGUCUCCGGCUUGGUCAUCCGCCGCAGGCUCCAGCUCAUGAUGUACAACAACAUGUACCGCAUCAUGUUCGACCGGAGAUUCGAGAGCGAGGAGGACCCUCUGUUCCAGCGUCUCAGAGCGCUGAACGGCGAGAGGAGUCGCUUGGCUCAGAGCUUCGAGUAUAACUACGGCGAUUUCAUUCCCAUCUUGAGACCCUUCUUGAAGGGUUACUUGAAGAUUUGCAAGGAGGUGAAAGAAACCAGGUUGAAGCUUUUCAAGGAUUACUUCGUCGACGAGAGGAAGAAUAUUGGAAGCUCGAAGAGCACUAACAACGAAGGACUUAAAUGUGCUAUCGAUCACAUUUUGGAUGCUGAGAAAAAGGGCGAGAUCAACGAGGACAACGUGCUUUACAUUGUUGAGAACAUCAACGUUGCUGCAAUUGAAACAACUCUGUGGUCAAUUGAAUGGGGUAUUGCUGAGCUUGUGAACCACCCAGAGAUCCAGCAGAAAGUGAGGGAUGAGAUUGAGAGAGUUCUUGGACCAGGACACCAGGUGACUGAACCAGAUAUUCAAAAACUUCCAUACCUUCAAGCAGUGGUGAAGGAAACCCUUCGUCUUAGAAUGGCAAUCCCUCUCCUUGUCCCACACAUGAACCUCCACGAUGCUAAGCUUGGUGGGUUUGACAUCCCAGCGGAGAGCAAGAUUUUGGUGAAUGCAUGGUGGCUGGCGAACAACCCUGCACACUGGAAGAAGCCAGAAGAGUUCAGGCCAGAGAGGUUCUUCGAAGAGGAGUCGCAUGUGGAAGCGAAUGGCAAUGACUUCAGGUACCUUCCGUUUGGUGUUGGGAGAAGAAGCUGCCCCGGAAUCAUUCUUGCAUUGCCCAUUCUUGGCAUCACUUUGGGACGUUUGGUCCAAAACUUUGAGCUCUUGCCUCCCCCUGGGCAGUCCCAGAUUGACACUAGUGAGAAAGGAGGACAGUUUAGCUUGCACAUACUAAAGCAUUCCACCAUUGUUGCAAAGCCAAGGUCCUUUUAGACUUCAUCACAUCAUCAUUACCAAUCCCCUUUAUUAUUUUUUCUUUCUUACUCUCCCUGUAUCAUCAAUGUUUCAAAAUGGGGUUGCUCCAUGCCAUGUAUAAUUGGCCUCCCAUUGGGUAUGUUGUGGUGAUGUCUCUGUGUUGGUCCCAUUGUAAAUCUCUCACAACUUCAACUCAUGAAUGGUUUUGAGAUGGUUUUGUAAUAAAACCCACACUUUUGUCUCUAA